UGGCGAGCCUCAGCAGCGAAUGGACGGUCCGAUACUGAGUGACGUGACGGGAAAAGGGGGAGCUCGCGGCUGGUGGCGGCGGUGGCGACAGUGGCGACCUGGGGAUCGACCUGGAGGGGCCUGGGAAGCGUGCAGAGAUCUCUAGAUCCAGCGUGAGGGACCUCCCGCCGGGAUGCCAGGGGAGCAGAUGGACCCUACUGGAAGUCAGUUGGAUUCAGAUUUCUCUCAGCAAGAUACUCCUUGCCUGAUAAUUGAAGAUUCUCAGCCUGAAAGCCAGGUUCUGGAAGAAGAUGCUGGCUCUCACUUUAGUGUGCUGUCUCGACACCUUCCCAAUCUGCAGAUACACAAAGAGAACCCCGUGUUGGAUAUUGUGUCGAAUCCGGACCAAGCAGCUGCAGAAGAGCAAGGAGACAAUAAUAGCUCCUUCAAACAUCUGAAGGAAAACAAAGCUUCUGCAGACCCUGUGGAUUCCUCUCAUUUGGGCACGUGUGAUUCCAUCAGUCAGAUCAUAGAACAGUUGCCUCAGCCAAACAGGACAAGCAGUGCUCUGGAGGUGACAGUAGAAGCUGCUUCUCUUCCAGAGGAGGAGAAGGAGGAAGAGCUAGAAGAGGAGAAGGAAGAGGUGGGAGCAGAUGCUGCUGAUGCUGCUCCGGGCUCCCUUGGUGCUGAAGAUUCUGCUUCAUCACAGUUGGGCUUUGGGGUCCUGGAACUGUCCCAGAGCCAGGAUGUUGAAGAACAUACAGUGUCAUAUGAUGUCAACCCUGAACAUAUGCAGUUGGUUACCACCAACUCGGGUUCUUCCCAGCUGUCUGACAUGGAUGCAAAUACUGCAGUUAAAUGUGAAGAACAGUCCACUGAAGAUACCUCCAUGGCAGAACAACCUAACAAAGACAUCCCUGUUACAGUUCAGCACAAUAAAGGUAUCCCUGUGGUAGACGAGCAAAAUAUAUCACCUGCAAGGCCAGAGGAUCUGCCUUCUAGUCCUCAAGCCUCUGUUGCAGCUGUGGAAACAAAGGAACAGGUGCCUGCCCAAGAGCUUCCAGAAGGGGCGCUGCAGGUUCAGAUGUCCUCGGAGCCCGAGGUCUCGUCCACUCAAGAGGACCUGUUUGAGCAGAGCAGUAAAACAGCUUCUGAUGGUUGUUCUACUCCUUCAAGGGAGGAAGGUGGGUGUUCUCCGGUUUCCACACCCGCCACCACCCUGCAGCUCCUGCAGCUGUCUGGUCAGAGGCCCCUUGUCCAGGACAGUCUUUCCACGAAUUCCUCAGAUCUUGUUGCUCCUUCCCCUGAUGCUUUCAGACCUACCCCUUUUAUCGUUCCUAGCAGUCCCACAGAGCAAGGAGGGAGAAAAGAUGAGCCCUUGGAUAUGUCAGUGAUGCCUGAAGAAGGAGGGGAGACUUUCCAGAAGCUUCAGGAUGGCGAAGCAGUGGAGAUAGAAAAGCCUCAUGUCCCGUCUCAGCCCGCAGUAUCACCACAAGUGUCAACACCAGUGUCUCAGAGCGCACCUGUCUUCACUCCGGGCUCUCUUCCCAUCCCGUCCCAGCCUGAGUUUUCUCAUGAUAUUUUCAUUCCAUCACCAAGUUUGGAAGAACCAUCAAGUGAUGGGAAGAAAGGUGACGAUUUGCAUAGCUCAUCUUUGACUGUGGAGUGUUCUAAGACUUCAGAGAGUGAACCAAAGAAUUUCACUGAUGACCUUGGGCUCUCCUUGACAGGGGAGUCUUGCAAACUGAUGCUUUCUACAAGUGAGUAUAGUCAGUCCUCAAAGAUGGAGAGCUUGGCUUCUCCCAAGAGUGAGGGAGAUGGAGAGAACACACAGAUUGAGGACAUUGAACCGUUGUCUCCAGUUACCAAUUCUAAACUUCCCGCUGAAACUGAUGAUAUCCUGAUGAAUCCAGCACAGGAUGACCAUGAAGAAAUGAAUCAGAAUGAUGACAAAAUAGAAGGGGGUGACACAGAGAACAGAGCUGAUGAUGGUGUUUUAGCUGCUGGUAGUAAAGGCAGAGAAGACACUGUUGCUGAAGAUGUUUGCAUUGAUCUCACGUGUGAUUCUGGAAGUCAGGCAGUUCCGUCUCCAGCUACUCGAUCCGAGGCACUUUCUAGUGUCUUAGAUCAGGAGGAGGCUAUGGAAAUUAAAGAACAGCAUCCAGAGGAGGGAUUUUCAGGAUCUGAGGUUGAGGAAGUCCCUGAGACUCCCUGUGAAAGUCACAGAGAGGAGCCCCAGGAAGAAACAAUGGAGAGUAUCCCACUGCACCUUUCUCUGACUGAAACCCAGUCCCAGGCAUUGUGUCUUCAGAAGGAAGUGCCCAAAGAAGAAUGCCCAGAGGCCAUGGAAGUAGACCCUGCUGUGAUUAGUGUUGACUCCCCUCAGAAGCUGCUGGUACUCGACCAGGAGUCAGAGCAUAAGGAGCCAGAAGCCUGGGAAGAAGCCGCUUCUGAGGACUCCAGUGUUGUUAUCGUUGAUGUGAAGGAGCCCUCGCCAAGAGUUGUGCCCUGCGAACCUUUGGAGGGAGUGGAGAAAUGCUCAGAUUCCCACUCCUGGGAGGAUGUUACGCCAGAGGUGGAACCAUGUGCUGCGAAUAGAGUGGACACUCCCAAGGAAAAAACUGUAGACUGUGACGGAGAUGUGAAAGCAGAGACCACAGCAAAGGACUCUGUAGAGGAAGCCUCUCCACAGCCUCCUUUGCCUUCAGUGAGAGAUGAGCCUCCCAGACCCGACCAGGAGAUGCAGCAGCCCCAGCUUCAGGAGAAAGAGAACCCAGAGACCAUAGAUGUAAAAGUGGCUGAUGCCAAGCAGCUGGGGUCAGAGGGAGCAUCCCAGGAACUUGUGAAGGCCCCUGCCCGCGACUCUCAAAGUUUCUGUGAGAGUUCUAGUGAAACCCCAUUUCAUUUCACUUUGCCUAAAGAAGGUGAUAUUAUCCCACCAUUGACUGGUGCAACCCCACCUCAUAUUGGGCACCUAAAAUUGGAUCGCAACAGACAUAGUACUCCUAUUGGGAUUGGCAACUAUCCAGAAAGCACCAUAGCAACCAGUGAUGUCAUGUCUGAAAGCAUGGUGGAGAUCAAUGAUCCUCUACUUGGGAGUGAAAAAGGAGAUUCUGAGUCUGCCCCAGAAGUGGAAGGAAAACUGUAUCUGAAAAUGAAACUGGUUAGUCCCGAGACAGAGGCCAGUGAAGAAUCUUUGCAGUUUAGCCUGGAAAAGCCUGCUACUGCUGAGAGAAAAAAUGGAUCAACUGCUGUUGCUGAGCCUGUUGCCAGUCCCCAGAAGACGGUGCCUGUGUUUAGCUACAGGCAAGAGAAGGAGACUUGGAGUGAGGAUCCUCCCUCUGUACCCAUCAGGGCAAACUUGCUCCAUUUCCCAAGUGUUGAAGAAGAGGACAAAGAAAAAAUGGAUGGUGCCCCAAAGCUCAGGCAGAGUGAACAGCCUAUGAGGCCUGUUGGGCUGGUCAAGGAUGCUGCUGCUUCUGAGGACUCUGCUUCUUCUGUUUCCCAGCAGAGAGCCACACAGGGGUCAUUCAGCCCUCAAGGAGAAGUGAUGGAAACAGACCUGCUGGAAGGACUGAGUGCUAACCAGGAAAAACCAUGUAAGGUCUUGAUGGAAAGACCCACCCAGAGUAACAUAGGAAUCCAGACCAUGGACCAUUCCCUGUGUGCCCCAGAAACUGUUUCAGCGGCAACCCAGACUGUGAAGAGUGUGUGUGAACAGGGAACCAGUACAGUGGAGCAGAACUCUGGGAAACAAGAUGCCACUGUGCAGACGGAGAGGGGGAGUGGUGAGAAACAGGCUCCUGUGGACGAUACAGAGUCCCUCCACAGCCAGGGAGAAGAAGAAUUUGAAAUGCCCCAGCCUCCACAUGGCCAUGUCUUGCAUCGUCACAUGAGAACGAUUCGUGAAGUUCGGACACUUGUCACCCGUGUCAUCACAGAUGUUUACUAUGUGGAUGGGACAGAAGUGGAAAGGAAAGUAACUGAGGAGACUGAAGAACCAAUCGUAGAAUGUCAGGAAUGUGAAACAGAGGUUUCCCCUUCCCAGACUGGAGGCUCUUCUGGAGACCUGGGGGACAUCAGCUCCUUCUCCUCCAAAGCAUCCAGCUCACACCACACAUCAAGUGGGACGAAUCUCUCCGCCAUGCACAGCAGUGGCAGCUCAGGACGAGGAGCCGGGCCACUCAAAGGGAAAACCAGCGGGACAGAACCUGCAGAUUUUGCCUUACCCAGUUCCAGAGGAGGGCCAGGAAAACUGAGUCCUAGAAAAGGGAUCAAUCAGACAGGGACACCAGUGUGUGAGGAAGAUGGUGAUGCAGGCCUUGGCAUUAGACAAGGAGGGAAAGCUCCAGUCACACCUCGUGGGCGUGGUCGAAGGGGCCGCCCACCUUCUCGGACCACUGGAACAAGAGAAACAGUUGUGUCUGGUCCGUUGGGUAUAGAAGACAUUUCACCUAGCAUGUCACCAGAUGACAAGUCCUUCACCAGAAUCAUGCCCCGUGUGCCAGACUCUACCAAACGAAUGGAUGCUGGUUCUACUGUUUUGAAGCGGAGUGAUUCCCCAGAGAUUCCUUUUCAGACUGCUACUGGGUCUUCUGAUGGGUUGGAUGCCUCAUCUCCAGGAAAUAGCUUUGUGGGGCUCCGUGUUGUAGCCAAGUGGUCAUCCAAUGGCUACUUUUACUCUGGGAAAAUCACACGGGAUGUUGGAGCUGGGAAGUAUAAGCUGCUCUUCGAUGAUGGGUAUGAAUGUGAUGUGCUGGGCAAAGACAUUCUCCUGUGUGACCCCAUACCCCUGGACACUGAAGUGACAGCCCUCUCAGAAGAUGAGUAUUUCAGUGCAGGAGUUGUCAAAGGACACAGGAAGGAGUCUGGGGAGCUGUACUACAGCAUUGAAAAAGAAGGCCAAAGGAAGUGGUAUAAGCGUAUGGCAGUCAUCCUGUCCUUGGAACAAGGAAACAGACUGAGAGAGCAAUAUGGGCUUGGCCCGUAUGAAGCUGUUACACCCCUCACAAAGGCAGCAGAUAUCAGCCUAGAUAAUUUGGUGGAAGGAAAGCGGAAACGUCGCAGUAACAUCAGCUCCCCAGCCACCCCCACUGCCUCCAGCAGCAGCAGCAGCAGCACAACACCCACCCGUAAAACCACAGAGAGUCCCCGUGCUUCCACGGCAGUUCCAUCAGGCAAAAGGAAGCUCAUCACUUCUGAAGAGGAACGAUCCCCUGCUAAGCGAGGCCGCAAGUCUGCCACCGUGAAACCUGGUACAGUGGGGGCAGGAGAAUUUGUGAGCGCCUGUGAGAGUGGAGACAACACAGGUGAACCUUCUGUCCUAGAAGAGCCGAGAGGGCCUUUGCCCCUCAACAAGACCUUGUUUCUGGGCUAUGCCUUUCUCCUUACCAUGGCCACAACCAAUGACAAGCUGGCCAGCCGUUCUAAACUGCUAGAUGGUCCUACAGGAAGCAGUGAAGAAGAUGAGGAAUUUUUAGAAAUCCCUCCUUUCAACAAGCAGUAUACAGAAUGCCAGCUUCGAGCAGGAGCUGGGUAUAUCCUUGAAGACUUCAAUGAAGCCCAGUGUAACACAGCCUACCAGUGUCUCCUAAUUGCUGAUCAGCAUUGUCGAACUCGGAAGUACUUCCUGUGCCUUGCCAGUGGAAUUCCUUGUGUGUCUCAUGUCUGGGUCCAUGAUAGUUGCCAUGCCAACCAGCUCCAAAACUAUCGUAAUUAUCUGUUGCCUGCUGGGUAUAGCCUUGAGGAGCAGAGAAUUCUGGAUUGGCAACCUCGUGAAAACCCUUUCCAGAAUCUGAAGGUACUCUUGGUGUCAGAUCAACAGCAGAACUUCCUGGAGCUCUGGUCUGAGAUCCUCAUGACUGGAGGGGCAGCCUCUGUGAAGCAGCACCAUUCAAGUGCCCAUAACAAAGACAUUGCUUUAGGGGUAUUUGAUGUGGUGGUGACAGACCCCUCAUGCCCAGCCUCGGUGCUCAAGUGUGCUGAAGCCUUGCAGCUGCCUGUGGUGUCACAAGAGUGGGUGAUCCAGUGCCUCAUUGUUGGGGAGAGAAUUGGAUUCAAGCAGCAUCCAAAAUAUAAACAUGACUAUGUUUCUCACUAAAGAUACUUGGUCUUACUGGUUUUAUUCCUGCUAUUGUGGAGAUUGUGUUUUAAUCAGGUUUUAAGUGUGUCUUGUGUGUAAUUGUAUUCUUUGCAUGGAUCUUGUACAUAGUUUUAUUUGCUGGACUUUUAUGAUAAAAUAAAUGUCGACUCUCUUUGGUUGUAGUAACUGAGAUUUCUUUAUCUGUUUCUUUGAGCUUAAUCUCAGAACAUAGGAUCCUCUCUGAAGUUUCCCAGCAGUCUUGUCACUUUAGCAGUACAGCAAAUAAAAGAUAAAGACAUAUAGGAAUGAAAUGUAUUUUGUGGCCCCACUAUCAAUGUCAAAAGGUUAUCCAAGGUGAUACAGAAUUGUUUCUAAAAACUCAGCUUAAAGUACAUGAGGGCCUAGGUGAAAGUCGUGCCAAAAUUGAAUGGGACUGGGGAGAGCUCUGGGUAUCAAGACCACAGCUGAUCUGUGGUACUCAAAGCUGAAAGGGUUUGAAUGGACAGUGACUGACAAUAAGCUUGAUAGGACAGUUUUCUGUAAGUUAACUGUCACAGCUGCUGGAUGCUAUUCCUUCCUCGAACCCAACAUCAUCCCCACUAACAAACAGCUUCUCAUUCUGUUUUUUUCUAUGAAGAGCCAAACAGUAAACACUUUAGGCUUUGUGGCCAUUUUGUCUGUCACAAUUUCCUGUCUUUUGCUAUAAGAUGAAAGCAAUCAUAGACAUUAGGUAAAAUAGUAUGUGUGGCUGUUUGAAUAAUACUUUAUUUACAAAAACAAGCAGUAGUCCACUAUCUGCCACGCUUUGCUCGUAGAGGUAACAAUGGAAGGGAUCCUCUGUAGUUGACAUGUACAGGCUUUCAUAGUGGGUAGCACAAAAUGUAGGUGAAGAGAACAUUCAGUGACUACAAACAGGCCUAAACACUGCAUUCUUGUCCAGCUUGGAGGGAAGGUAUAUUAAUGGGAUAUUUCCUUUGUUUAUGGUGAACAUUUGUGACUGCACUAUCUGAGCAUAACCUUAACUCAUGGUUAGUCUAAGGUGGGAAAAUUAAGUUUGCAAUUUUCAGUAUCUAAAAUCUGGACAAUUUGACCUCUAUCAUCUUUAGCUGGAACUGUCCCUUUUACCAGUCUGAAAGAAAGAGAACCUACUGGCUGAAUUCUUGAGAUCAGGUUUUGAGUACUCUUAAAGGAGGGAGGCUCUCAAAUCUGAAAUUUCUGAAGGAUAAUAUUGAUAAUAAAUUACAUGGUACAGAGGAGGUUUGAAAGCCUUAAGUCUUUUCUAACUUGGUGGUAACAUCUAGAUGCUUGAUUCUUUUCUUACAUGAGCCAAACCUAAACAUGUUUUACUGAUCCUGAUUGUUUUCUGUGGUAUCUUCCGUACCUUGAUGAGUCCAUAUGGAUAUAGUAAAUGCUCAAUACACCACUAUUGCACAAAUGAACCCACCCAACAGAUGUCUUAGUGUAAAGGAGCAAAAGCCUUUGAGUGGUCAGCAGAGACAUAGCUGGUCCAUUCCUCACAGGAAUUGUAGGAAGGGUUUAUACCUCUUCUAGAAGAGAAGGUAGCAUCCUUUCAUCAGUUUGCAGGCAUCUCUGAUGUUUAAUAAUUAGGGAGGUGUGUUACAGACAUCAGAACGUGGUAGGAUGAACUGUUACUUCAUUUUAUGAACCAGUUUUCACAUACCAAAACUAUAAAAAGGGGGAAAAAAGUUUCAUUAAAUAUGCUUUCUCAAGAUACAGCUGAUGUUACCCUGAUACUCAAAGAUGUUUGGCUUCUGUUAAAACUAGUUAGAUUGUUUGUGGAUAUCUUAGAAAGGAAGAAGGGCAAUGAAAUGCUUUUCCAAAUGGUAAUGACACAGACCUCUAAGAAGCCAACUACCACUGGAUCUCAUUAUUAGAUUUAAAGAAGUUUAGAAGAGUCAGUGGCCAAUUUUACUGAGAAAGCAGUGGUCAAUGAAGCAUGGUGCCACAGCUACGCUGCCAGUACAUGUCAGAGCAGGUUGUGCAAGCCACACUGUCCCUUAGAACACACAGUACGUAACCUAGCACAGAACUGACCUUCAGCUGUAGUGUCUCACCAUGCUGAUAACUUUUUCCCAGAAUAUAGUCUCCAAUAAAAUUAUGAAACAUUCCCUCACCCCCAGCACCUUCCCACAUCUGAGCCUUGCUUAUAAAAUGAGGGCAUUUGUAGAUGAAGGCUAAAGUUCCAUUUUGGACUUCUAUAACUCAUUAACCCCCCUCCCCCAAAUCUGAUGAAUUCCUCAAGGAUUGCUCUUACCUGCCCAGAGUUCCACCAGCCUGGGUAUAAUACUUGUUAUAAUCUAGCCGGAGCAGUAGUUGAGCCAAAUCUGAGUUGAUCUGGUGAUUGCGAACACUGGAAAGAAUCUUGAACAGGAGUGAAGACUGGCGACUAAAGCCCUGUUGAGAGACUUGAGCUGUCCCUGCCAUUCAGAGCGCUAGGCGCCUGGUGUCUUUGGAAAAGCCUUGCUUAAAUUUCUGUAGGACCGACCACAUUCCUAUUACUAUCAGCUCCUAAAAUGACUUAGUACUGUGUCUGUGAAAUGCAUGACUUCUAUAGAGAAAGUACUUUCUCAUUAGUAGGAAUUUAACAGCUCAUUUCAGAUUAAUAUAUUCUAUCACAUACUGGGAUUGCAGUGAGCUUGCUUUGUUACGGAGAUAAAUAUAAUUUCAGAUUUAUUUACAAGUGAGAUGGGAGGCUGGUUCAGGGAAGGAAGUGGGAUGUGAGAAAAUGAGCACAAAGCCAAUGCAUGCUUGGUGGGUUGAAUAAACUAUUUGGGGCUGAACUAUUUCUGAACACUGUGAGGCAGCACAUUAAUCUUCAAAAUCCACUGAUACCAAUGCUUUUUAUCUUUUUAUCUUGUUGUCUGUCUGUUCUGGGAUAUACUUUAUUGACUUAGAGCAAAGGCUGUUUGCUCCCUAGUGUGGGGGUGGGAGUUUGUAUUUCCAGUGGCCGGGCAGACUCACCUUCACGAGAAUGCUCAGCUGGGCAGCGCCUCGCUCAUCCAGUGGACCCAGGUUUUGACUGACCAGCGAACAAAAACUGUGACAGAGAUCUAGGAUUUCAUUCAGGCAGUGAAACACCUACCCAAAAAUACAGCUGGUGUCAGGAAAUGAAGAAAGAAACUUCUGAAAAUGCAAGGUUUGGGAAAAUAGUCUAACAGCUGACCUCCCUGUCUGAACUCUGCAUAGACACCAUUACCUUCAAGGCUGCCUGGCCCUCCCCAGCAACAUGGGCAGGAUGAAUAUCCCUUCCUGGGACAGCUGCAUUCUUCUCUGUUCCCUACACAAAGCUCCACUUCAGUCGCUAUUAGCUCAUCAUCCUUUAUUUGACCCACUGAGUGUGCUCUUGCCUUUGAUAUAUGAACACUGUUCCCUGAGAUGUCUCUUCUCUUUAGCACCAAUCUAGGCCCCAUUCUGUGAAAUGUCCUUCCCCACUGCAGCCUCUAGUGAACUUUCUGCUGUAGUAUCUGUGUUGUUGACUGGGAACUGUCCAGGCCACCUGUGCUGUUGCUGACUUUUGUAUGUACAUCUUGUUUUUCCAACUAGAUUGUGAGCUCCUUAAGGGCAGAGCCAUGACUUAUACCUCUUUGUAUCCCCAGUGCCUUGCACUCAAUAAAGACUUCAGUUAUGAUGA